CACUUGAUUAAAAUGAGUCGAGGAAAGUCGAGUAAUGAGACGCUUAUAGAAAUGGACCGAACUGGCGAAGAAAACAAUGGCUUUCAUGCCAGUCCGGAUAAGGAGACUCUUCAGCCUGAAAAUGAAGAGGUAGAGAAGCAGCAGAGCAAGGACUCGGUGAACUUCAGAGACGGCGUACGGAGGAUAGAUUUCGUUCUGUCUUACAUCGACGACAAGGAUGGAGAAAAAAAACAGGAUCGAAGGAAGGAGUUUGAGGCUAACUUACAGAAGAUUGGACUGGAGCUGGAGACUGAGGACAAAUCUGAGUCUGAAGAUGGGAAGACGUACUUCCUGAAGAUCCACGUCCCGUGGGAAGUGCUGGCAACAUAUGCAGAUGUUCUGAAAAUCAAAGUGCCUUUUAAAACCAAUGAUAUUCCAGAUAAAGAAGACGCACCCAUGAGCUGGCUCUGUACGCCCUGCCGUCUGCCCGAGCAUGUGAUGCAGCCGGAGCCCGACUACUUCACCGCCACCUUUGACAAGAGCAAACCUGACUUCUUCCUCAUCCAGGAUAAAGACACCUUCGUUCCUUCAUCCACACGGAGCAGGAUUGUAUAUUACAUCCUCUCCCGAUGUCCGUACAGUAAAGAAGACAAGGAUAAGAAGGGCAUCAAGAGGCUGCUGAACAACGGGACUUACACAGCUGCCUUCCCUCUUCAUGAUUGUAGGUAUUGGACCAGGUCUCGUGAUCCUAACUGUGAGAGCGAACGCUAUGCCUUGUAUAAAUACUGGGGUUGUUUCAGCAGCUUUUACAAGGAGCAGCCGCUCAACCUCAUACGGAAGUACUAUGGAGAGAAGAUCGCCAUCUACUUCGCUUGGCUGGGUUUCUACACAGAGAUGCUCCUCUAUGCCGCAGUUGUUGGUCUGCUCUGUUUCAUCUAUGGUUUGGCCACCUUUGACGAAAACGUUUGGAGUAAAGAGAUCUGUAAUGAGACCAUUGGGGGGCAGAUUAUCAUGUGUCCUCUCUGUGAUAAGAAAUGUGGCUACUGGAAGCUCAGCACGACCUGUAGCUCCUCAUGGCAAUCGUAUCUGUUCGACAACACAGCGACGGUGUUCUUUGCCAUAUUCAUGGGAAUAUGGGUGACUCUGUUCCUGGAGUUCUGGAAGCGGCGUCAGGCUCGACUGGAGUACGAGUGGGAUCUGGUGGACAUGGAGGAAGAGCAGCAACAGAUGCAGCUCAGACCCGAAUACGAGUCCAAGUGCACCCACCGUCGACUCAACCACGUCACACAAGAGAUGGAGCCUUAUUUACCUCUAACAAGCAAGUGUGCUCGUUCAUUCCUGUCCGGGGCCACCGUCCUCUUCUGGAUCUCUCUGAUUAUCGCCUGUAUAAUCGCUGUGAUUGUGUACCGUCUGGCGGUGUUUGCGGCGUUUGCCAGCAUCAUGAAGGACAGCCACACCAAUAAUCUGGAUUUGAUUGGAAACCUUAUCACGCCGCAGUUCGCCACAUCCAUCACGGCUUCCUGCAUCAACUUUGUAAUCAUCAUGAUUCUGAACUUCCUGUAUGAGCAUGUAGCCAUAAAGAUCACUGAUAUGGAGGUUCCCAAAACCCAUGUGGAGUACGAGAAUAAGCUAACAGUGAAGAUGUUCCUCUUCCAGUUUGUCAACUACUAUUCCUCUUGCUUCUACGUCGCCUUUUUCAAGGGGAAAUUUGUGGGUUACCCUGGAGACUAUUCCUACAUGUUCGGCAAGUGGAGAAAUGAGGAGUGCGAGCCAGCCGGCUGUUUGAUCGAGUUAACCACUCAGUUAGUGAUCGUGAUGGUGGGUAAACAGGUGUGGGGGAACAUACAGGAAGCUCUCGUCCCCUGGCUGAUUAACUGGUGGGUGAGCAGAAGUGCCCGGAGUAACCCAGAGAGUCUGUACAGCCGCUGGGAGCAGGACCAUGACCUGCAGAGCUUCAGUCAGCUCGGCCUCUUCUACGAGUACCUGGAGAUGGUUGUCCAGUUUGGCUUCAUCACCCUGUUUGUGGCCUCUUUCCCGCUGGCUCCUUUGCUGGCUCUGAUGAAUAAUAUCUUGGAAGUGCGAGUGGACGCCUGGAAAUUCACCACUCAGUGCCGCCGGCCCGUGGCAGCCAAAGCACAGGGCAUCGGCGCAUGGGACGAGAUCCUCAACAUGAUUGCCGUUUUCUCAGUGGUCACGAAUGCUGUCAUUGUCUCAUUCACGUCUGACAUGAUCCCUCGGUUGGUGUAUAAGUACGCGUAUUCGGACAGCACGAUGGUAGGAUACAUCAACAACAGCCUUUCAAUCUUCAACAUCUCUGAGAUCCCAGUGGAAAGCCGUCCGGAUGAUGGCGAGAGCCCCGAUUGGUUCUACAGCUUCAACAUCACCACCUGCAGGUAUCGUGACUACCGCUACCCUCCAGGACAUGAGAAACAGUACACUUAUACCAUGCAGUUCUGGCACAUUCUCGCUGCAAAAUUAGCAUUUAUCAUCAGCGUGGAGCAUGUGGUGUUUGUGGUGAAGCUCUUUAUGGCGUGGUUGAUCCCAGAUGUGCCGUCAGACAUUGAAGCUCGUACAAAGCGCGAGCGCUACCUCAUCCAGGAGUACCUGCACAAUUACGAGCUGGAAAAACUCAAAACCCAGCUCAGCCAGAACGGUCCUAACAUCGAGCCGUGCAUGUCUCCCGCUGCAGACAGCACGUCAGUGAAGCUGGAGGUGUCCUCGGACUGUCUGACCUAACACAGGUCUCGACACUAGUGCCAGGAAGCCAGUUAGAGGGCUUUCACUCGGCCCGUGUCUCAAAACAGUCCUUUCUGUCUCAUCAUAUGUUGGAUAAUCUUUUCACACCACGUCCAUUGUUUGGGAAAUUCCUCGACAAUCACUCCCAUAUUAUGUCUCCCAGAGC